AUGAGAGUUUUCAAAGAUAUUGUUGGUUAUUCACAUGAUGAAUUAUGCUCAGAUGCCUACCCAAUGACUGAAAUCAACAAUGGUUUAAUCUAUGAAGUCCAAGCUAAAAUGGUCACCAUUGAUUUAGAUGUUAAAGUUAACACUGGUGCCAACGCUGCUUCUGAAGAAACCGAAGAAGAUGAAGGUGUUGAUAAUGCUGGUAGCAAACAAGUUAUCAACGUUGUUGAUGCUAUGAGACUUGUUGAAACCUCAUUCGAUAAAAAAUCCUACACUGGUUACAUUAAAGCUUACAUGAAGGAAGUUCUUGCCAAACUCGCUGACAAUAACCCAAGCCGUGUUGACGCCUUCAAAAAGGAUGCCGCUGAUUUUGUCAAAUCAGUUCUCGGUAAAUUCGACGAAUACAAAUUCUACACUGGUGAAAAUAUGGAUGCUGAUGGUCAUGUCGCUUUAAUGUACUACAAACCAGGUGAAGUUGAUCCAAUCUUUUUAUACUUCAAAGACGGUUUAGAAUCAGUUAAAUAUUAA